AUGUUUUAUCUGUACACGAAGCUGAACCCUGGCAAAGGACAACGGAUUGAGCCCACAAAGGAAUCGAUGGCGCAAUCAAAAUUUGACAGAAAGGUGGAGACACGAAUUGUAAUUCAUGGCUGCAAUCAGAAUCACGAGGACCAAAAGAUAUAUAGAGUCGCCAGCGCCUGGUUGUCCAGAGGGGAGUAUAAUGUGAUUAUCGUUAACUGGGGUUCGGGCCGUUUAGUUUACAUACCAAGUGCGGCGGCUGCGCCUGCCAUGGGUAAAAAGAUUGCGGAAAUGAUCAAUUUUCUGAGCACGGAUUAUGGCCUUAAGUUGCAAAACCUAACGGUAAUUGGAUACAGCUUAGGCGCCCAUAUCGCGGGAUUUGCUGGCAAAUUUGUCGAGGGUGGUCGCAUUCGCACCAUUGUCGGCUUAGAUCCCUCCUUUGCGCUAUUCAACGAUGUGGACGAGAACCAUCGUCUAUCUAUUAAGGAUGCCUUGUAUGUGGAGAUAAUGCACACAAAUGCCGGAUUCUUAGGCAUUGCGGAGCCUAUUGGUCAUGCAGAUUUCUAUCCCAAUGGAGGAUUAUCACAGCCAGAGUGCGAUCAUGAAUGUGCCCAUCAAAGAUCGCUGGAAUACUAUGCUGAGGCUGUGGCUAAAGAAUGUUUUGGCUCAGUCCGAUGUCCCAACUAUACCGAAGCUUUGAGAAGAAAGUGUGGAGGAGUUCCAGGCAAUGUGCUGUAA